GUCAGUGAUUCUCCUCAUCAUUGGUCAACCGAUUGCCAGGAGCUUACUAAGUCUACUAGACCGGUUGGUUUCCUUCAGCCUACAGAAUUCAUGCGCAAUGAAUCUGUCGAUUAUUCGCUGCUCUCCGAUCCCAUACUAAAGACUGGAAAAAUUCAGGAAUCUAAGGAGACCAUCACUGAUCCGCAGCCAAGAAGACCUGAGUUGAUGAAUUUCCCCCCAAAGACUGUUAAUGAUCCAUACACCAAUAGGGAGCGGAAGUUGAGCGACUCGACGACCUACGAAAAUUCAUCUAUUAGAUCGGAACGGCAAUAUUCUCCAGUGUCACAGCAGUUUCAUUCUCUCGCAAGGCAUGGGAACUUAGGCAAGCGAAGCAGACAUAACAAUGGCCUUUUAGAGAAACCGCUGCAUCAAAUACCCGUGUGGAGUCAUGCGGGUCAAAUAAGUCCGAAUGAGCCAGAAAGUAUGCAUCCAUCUAUCUCUUAUCAUAGCCGAUAUUGCGAACGCUCCCCAGAAGCGUGGCAUUCAGCUGAUGUGAUGCAGGAAGCAUGGCAUAAAAGAGAACCCAAAUUCCUCUCAGAUUCAAUAUUUUAUCCAACUCUGAAAAACCGUACUACGAAAGCUCAUUUAUUUAAUGCACCAAUCAGGUCACGGAAACUUAGUGAGCCAGAGGCUUCUGAUUUCCCUAGACCAAAUCUCACUAAAGUGCCUUUUGACAGUCCAUUUGAGAGCCCGUAUAUGCACCUGAGAUACCAUGGUCAGCCAGGCGUUUUACUCCCUAAUGAACGACACGAUUUACAAUUCUGCAAGCCGACGACAUAUGCCAGAGUCAAUCAGGGUUCGACUGACCAAAUUACUCCUCUGAAAGGCAAGUCGCAAUCUUUAUCGUCAACAACCUCAUUAAGCCACCCAACUUGCCAGGACCAAACGCGAACAUCAAAUAUCACCUCUGGGGAAUCGGCAGUGAGGCGUCAAUAUAUGAGUCAUAAAGAGCCGGCUAUUUUAGAGGACCUGCAGACUCCACCCCAAGAAUUGUACCAAUCUCUGGAGGAUGCAGCCUUGCUGUCUCACGAACGACCAAGUCAUUCUCAUCUUACCCAUAAAACGUAUCUGCCCCAACGUCAGCCCCGCCGGCAGCAUUCCUACAACUUGCCAAGAAGGCAAUAUCCCUCUAAGGAUUUGCAAAAUACCUCUUUGUCGCACUCAGGCCAGCAAUCAUGCAUCUUAGAAAUACCUGACACUGAACCAAUAAGUCCUCACAGCCUAUUGCGUAACUCCAGGUUCCCAGACGAACGUAUUAGCAUGGAUGAGAAUACUGACUCUGCCAUCUUCCUAGUUAGCGAUCACAAAUAUGAAUAUCCUGAUUCGGACUCUUUGAUUCCUGGUGUCGGCUUGGCGAGGCAACCACAUGCUUGUCCAAAAGUCGGCCAACCAGACGGUUACCCAUACCAAUCUGUGGAUCAGGCCAUCUCACACGCAACAUAUGUACCACCUCUAUUUUACUCAGACCCUCCGGACAUACGUCCUUCAGAGCCUAUCCAGACCAAGCACCCAUCAACUUGGAAUCAAUGUUCGGCUGAAAUAUACGCCCAUUCGCUAAAGGAUCAGGCCUUCGCUGAGGUAGGACCAGGAAAAUGGAUAUACCUCUCAGAGACCCCCAUCCCAGUCACUAGACAUCCAAUUUCGAGACAGCCCACCAAUAGACAUUCCUCCGUGGAUAGCGGCACACGAAAUAGAUGCAAGACCAACAAGCUCGCUAAGGCGCCUGAGCUCCCCAAACAGAUAUACACACAUUUGGGUUGUCUUUAUUCAGAACAGUUGGUUCAAAGCAGCGAUGAAAUGACUGCUGCUUGCUGGCCGAAUUUUCAGGAAAGCUCCGGAUCAGAACCAUUUGUCGAAAACGUGCCAGGAUUCACAUUCAAUCGUGGGCACGCUACCAGUUGGCCCUUUGGUAAUUCCAGGCGUAGCAGAAAACUGAAUAUGAGUCAUAUCCGCCUUCAGCUUCCCCCACCUAACAGCCGAUAUUUCCAGAAGGGUUCUUCGUCAUUACCAAGACCCCGCCUAUUUGUCUCAACAUCAAGGUCAAUAUCGCCUAGUUCCUCAGUCUGGCCCUCUCCUCCGAUAUCUCCUUCGCCCCUAGUCUCUCCUUCAACACCUCCACUGAAUGAUCGUAAAUUCAACACCUGGGGUAAUGGAAUAUACUCGGAGCACGGUAGCUGGUCGCAAACUGAUAAUCCAACUAAUUCACGCCUACCCCAUAUUUGUCCGAACUCACCUACACGGGAGUCUAUCCACCGGAAUAACUGUUCACGAAAGACAAAAGAAGCAGAUGCAGUACAAGAGACACAAACUGCUGACAUCAUUGAGCCGACUUCUUCCCCGGGCACAACACUUCGGAACAUUACUUUCGGAAACGCAGGUAACGGGACAAGAACGGGUCUUCUGAGAAAACUAAAGCUUGAUUAUCCUGGAGAUCACAAAUCUGCCAAAAGGCUAUCCCGCGUGGAUGUGAAAAUGAAGGCAGAAAGCAAAAUGGAAGUUGAACGUGUACCUAAAUCAAACAAUUCAGCAUCUGGCCAAGAGAAUAUUCCUGUAAGAUCAGAUGUCAAAUUGGGUAUCAAAAGAGGUAGGACCAACCAUAUUGCUAUGCCUUAG